AUGGUAGCUAUUCGUAACGAAACAAAGUUUCGUUGUGCCGGAUCACUGAUUCACAGAGAAUUUGUCUUGACAGCUGCACAAUGCAUAGAAGGCCAAAGGUCAUUAUACGUGAUGUUGGGAGCUAAGGAUUUGCUGCAUCCAUUAAUUACGGUUGCUGUCAAACAAGCCUUUGUUCAUCGUUCAUUCUCCCGGGAAAACCGACUUAAUGAUAUCGCUCUGGUCAUGCUUUCGCAUAGCGUCGAUUACACAGACUACGUUCGACCCAUAUGCAUUCUGCGGAAUGCAGAAUCAAAGGAUGAUGUUGACAAAAUUCGAUAUUUAAAAACCUUUGGCUGGGGAAUAGGAACAGAUGUUAAAAUGAGUUACAACCUAAACCUAGACAUCAGAAUUCAACGUUUCGAUCGUAAUUACUGCGGAAACAAAUCGGAGGAGUCAUCCUUUUGCGGCGGUCCGACAAAUGAAGGCUUCUGUGCUGGAGAUAUCGGAGGUGCCGUAUCCCAUUAUUUAAAAUUGGAUGAUAAGAUGCAUCCAGUACAGAUUGGUAUUGUGAGUUCUGGAAAAUGUGGAGGAGCGCGACCUUAUGUCGAUGUGACAAGUUACGCCGUCUGGAUUGAGAGAUUAAUUCGAACCUAUGACGAACCAAAAUCAGCACCAGUUACAAAUAAUCAGGUGCCAAAAACUCCGGCAACUGAUGAAAUGCCGCUCUUCAGAGACUGCGGUGAAACCUACCUCACAGCAAACAUUUAUGGACCUGAAUUUAUGGCCAAGGGCGUAAUGAUCACUUACCACGAGUCGGAUUCUUUGAUUCUUGGAUUCUUUCAAGAAAUUGAAAUCGAUUCGGUUUACAAACACCCGGAGGUUCACAAAACUGAUAUUGCAUUGCUCAAGUUGAGCAGUGGGCUGAUUCCUGAAAGUACAACUAACUAA